UCAGUUGCAUGGAAUUUAUCGUCGACCAUCGUUGAAAAUUGUUAUUUAAUAAAACUUGUAAUUUUUUGACUUAAAUUUAUACUGCAAUGUCAAUCGCAAAGCGAGUUCAGCAAUGGGCCACAUUUGCAAGACAAUGGCACAUAUACGACUGUACCUGGCAAAAUCCUUUCGAUUCAGCGAAACUUAUAUCACGACAUUUGAUGGGAAAGCAGAAACCUAUUUAUCAUCCAAUGAUUCACAAUCGUUCUUUGGGCACGCAGCACUUAUCGCCUUCUCCAUCAUUACUACGAACAGUACCUCUGUAUACGGCACAACGUACAAUGGGUCGUCUAGGUAAAAUUGAUCCAAGUUCUUACUCCCAGCCGGAGUUGAUUACAACAAAGCAUUCUACACUUCAAUGGAAGGUUGAUUUUGAGCAUACGAAACUUAAGGGAUCUGUGAUUCAUAAUUUCAAAGUUUUGGAAAACGGUCUGGAAUCUAUUAUUUUGGAUGUCCGUGAUGUUAAUGUUUUGAACGCCGAGGUAAUUUCAGGGAAUUCUUCAAUUCCUUUGAAUUACUUUGUCAGUGAUCCAGUGGAGGAUAUUGGAGCAAAGCUAACACUGGAAUUACCCCAAGGCACUGCUAAAGGAGAUCUUUCUGUUUUCAUAGAAUAUGAAACGUCAAGUAACGCCAGCGGUUUGCAGUGGUUAAACCCUAAGCAGACGUUGGGCAAAAAACAUCCAUAUAUGUUCAGUCAAUGCCAAGCUAUACACGCCCGCUCCAUUGUGCCCUGUCAGGAUACACCUGCGGUGAAAUUUACUUACAAUGCAACCGUGGAGCAUCCCAGAGAUCUCACGGCGCUCAUGAGUGCUUUAAUUGAAAAGAAGGAUGCUGGUAUAACAACAUUCAAGCAAGAAGUACCAAUCCCUGCAUAUCUUUUGGCUAUUGCUAUUGGUGAUUUGGUGUCAAAGCCCUUGGGUCCGAAUUCAAAUGUUUGGGCCGAAGAGGGAAUAAUCGAUGAAUGUGCGGAAGAAUUUUCACAAACAUCAGAAAUGUUAAAAGCUGCCGUCGAUGUGUGUGGUCCUUAUGUUUGGAAACAAUAUGAUCUCUUGGUCAUGCCUCCCUCAUUCCCAUUCGGUGGUAUGGAGAAUCCUUGUUUGACUUUUGUCACCCCUACUUUACUGGCCGGAGAUAAGUCAUUGGCUGAUGUUGUCGCCCAUGAAAUCGCUCAUAGCUGGACCGGAAAUUUGGUGACCAAUAAAAAUUUCGAACACUUUUGGCUUAAUGAAGGUUUUACAGUGUUCGUCGAAACCAAAAUUGUGGGCCGAAUGAAGGGUUCAAAAGAGCAAGAUUUCCAUAUGAUUAGGAAUCUAACUGAUUUACAAGAAUGUAUCCGAACUCAAUUGAGUAAUACACCGGAAUUGACCAAGCUUGUAGUUGACCUUUCGAACUGUGGUCCCGACGAUGCAUUCUCUAGUGUGCCUUACAUUAAAGGAUCAACCUUUUUGCGAUACAUUGAAGAAUUAAUGGGAGGGCCUGAAGUGUUUGAGCCAUUCUUAAAAUCGUAUUUGCAAAAAUAUGCAUACCAAUCAGUGAUGACCGACGAUUUUAAAAACUCUUUGUAUGAUUAUUUCAUUGGCACUGAUAAAAAGGAAAAACUCGAACAAAUUGAUUGGGACUUGUGGUUGACUUGCGAGGGCAUGCCUCCAAUUAUACCAAAAUUAGAUGAAACUCUUGCCAACGUCUCAAACCAACUUGCCCUACUGUGGAGUACAAAAACCACCGAGGAAUUGGUUGAGAAUGCUGAAGUCAAGCAAAAGAUAUCUACCCAUCAAUUGAUUGAUUUCCUAGGAAAAUUAAUCGAAUGCAAGGAAAUAAAGGAUCUAACUGAGAAAAAAAUUGAACUUUUGGAGUCCACAUAUAACUUGAAACAGACAAAAAAUGCGGAAGUCUUGUUCCGUGUUAUGCGUCUCUGCAUUAUGGCCAAACUUAUGAAUAGAAUGGAUCAAAUUAUUGCAUUUGCAAAUUCAAAUUUCCGUAUGAAAUUCUGCCGUCCUAUUUAUCGCGAUUUGGGCAAAUGGCCCGAAGCUAAACCAAUAGCCUUGAAAAAUUUUGAAAGUGUAAAGGAUCAAAUGAUGGCCGUUUGUUCACAUACAAUUGCAAAAGAUUUAGGCUUGAAAUAAGCUCUCCUUCGAAAAUGGUUAAUGGUUAAAUUAAAAGUAUCGAUUGCGUUCAUCUAACAUAUGUGUUUUCGUUUGUAUGUAGUUAUUUAAUAACUUUAAGAGUGCACCUAAUUAACACAUUUUCUAAAUAAAUACAUAACAAAAAUA